UUCGUCUCUAUCUUAUUUACUCGAUUGCUUUUUGAUCUGUUGAUUCUGUGGUUUGAUUUGAUUCUUCUGGUUCUGUUUUGCUCUGUUUUUGGUGUUUAAUUCUUCUUAACAAGUAAGUAAUCUUCGAUCGGAAACUUGAGCGUUUGGUGCGUGUAAGAUAAGGGUAUAUGAGUUUGUUGAAGAUGGGUGGCGAUAUGAUGGAAGAUGAUUGGGAAUUUGCUUCAUCGUCAAACCCUAAACGAACCCUAGUUCUUGUAGGCCGUACUGGAAACGGAAAGAGUGCGACAGGGAACAGUAUCCUUGGGAGGAAAGCUUUUAGGUCAAGAGCUAGAACUGUAGGAGUGACGAGCACGUGCGAGUCACAGAGAGUUGUUCAAGAAGAUGGUGAUAUCAUUAAUGUGGUUGAUACUCCUGGUUUGUUUGAUUUGUCCACUGCAGCUGAUUUUAUUGGGAAGGAGAUUGUGAGGUGCAUAAGUUUGGCAGAAGAUGGGAUUCAUGCAAUCUUGUUGGUAUUCUCUGUUAGGCGGCUUGCUGAAGAGGAGCAAACUAUUCUUAGUUUCUUGCAAGCACUAUUCGGCAGUAAAAUCGCUGAUUAUAUGAUCGUUGUUUUUACCGGUGGGGAUGAGUUGGAAGAGAAUGAGGAGACAUUGGAGGAGUAUUUGGCUGACUUUUGCCCUGAGUUUCUGAAAGAAAUUCUUGGGAUAUGUGACAAUCGGGUGGUCUUGUUUAAUAACAAGACUACUGAUAAGCUCAAGAAAGCUGAGCAAGUUCAGAAGCUUCUCUCACUUGUUGAAUCGAUUGUCAAACGAAACAACGGAAAACCGUAUACAGAUGAGUUGUUCCAUGAGCUACAGGAAGAGGCUAUCAAGCUAAGGGGCCAGAAAAAGGAGGUUGAAGCGCUGAAGGGUUACUCAAAUAAUGAGAUAUCUGAGUUCAAGAAGCAGAUUGAUAUGUCCUAUGACCGGCAACUUAGCCGCAUCACAGAGAUGGUGGAGACAAAGCUGAGAGAAACGGCCAAGAGGCUGGAGCAGCAACUGGGUGAAGAGCAAGCCGCAAGAAUUGAAGCGGAAAAGAAGGUAAACGAAGUUCAGAAACGGUCGAGCGAUGAGAUUAAGAAGCUCAGGGAGAAUCUGGAGAGGGCUGAAAAAGAGACAAAGGAGCUCCAGAAAAAACUGGGAAAGUGCAUCAAUCUGUGAUGCUGAGACUGAAGCUUCAGUGAAAUCUGAUAAGGGUGUUAUUUAUUCAUGUCAAUUAUAUGGUUUUUUUUGUUUAUAACAGUAUGGUUUUAUCAUUAAAGACUGUGUUAUAAGUUUGCUUAAAUCUUCCCUAAUUAUUGAUCCAAUUCGUCCAA